AUGUCACAAAAGGGUGGACGCAGCACCACUUUGAUGGGUUUUGUCAAGGAAUUGGUUGGAAACUAUCUUGAUAUCAAGAAGUUGGCAGUUGAUGAUGAUGAUGGAUGGGAUACCGACCCUGACUUUGUCAACGACAACAACAUUGAUAACUCAAAGACAACAACAAAGGGAGUUGCAGGUUCGAGUGCUGCUGAUGCAGGAAGAGAUCUGGUGCAAAAGUCUGCACCAGUAGAUAAGGUACCGCAGGCGCCGUCUAGGGUGAUAGCAGAACCGCCGCGAAAGAAUCCGGCGGUAUACAUUGGCGGAGGUAUUGCCACGACACCCUCGCCAAAGCCUGCUGCCAAGCCUUCGGCAUCAGUCGCCUACAAGAAGCCUGCUGCCACGCCCUACAAGCCAGCACCAGUCGCCUUCCAAUCGGAGCCUGAGCCCGAGUACCAGGCACCCGCUCCCGCUGCCCCACGCACAGCACCCGUGCCAGCCGGCAGGGUUGCGCCAUCGCCCGUCAAAUUCACACCAGAGCCCGCUGCUCCCGCUCCCAAGGCUGCCCCAGCCCCUCCAGUCAAGGCCACUCCACCUGCACCCGUCAAGUUCACUCCCGCUCCCACCCCAGUCAAGACCGCGCCACCCGCUCCAGCCAAGUUCACUCCAGAGGUUGUCAAGGCCACUCCAGCUGCCGCCCCAGCCCCAGCCAAGAAGCCACCUCCCCCUCCAAAGAGAGUGGUCGUGCCCGAGCCAGAGCCAGAGCCCGAGCCCGAGCCACAACAGGAAUACUACGAUGAGCAACAGUCUUACGAUCAGCAAGGCUAUGACCAGCAGGGAUAUGACCAACAGGGAUACGACCAGCAGCAGGGAUACGAUGAUCAAUCAUACGACCAGCAAGGAUAUGAUCAGCAGGGAUACGACCAACAGGGAUACGAUCAAUCAUACGACGAUCAACAGCACGCUGGCGGCGAUGCCAGUGGCUAUCCUCAGGCCAAGGCCUUGUACGACUAUGAGGCCGCGCAAGAGGGCGAUCUGUCCUUCUACGCUGGAGACAUCAUCAGCAUCCACGAUCAGUCCGAUGCCAAUGGCUGGUGGGUUGGCGAGUGCCAGGGCUUCACAGGCACCUUCCCAUCAACCUUUGUCCAACUGGUCUAG